CCUCUGACCCGUCGGGUGGAAAAUUCUGUCCGCCAUUUUGUCUCUUUCUGCACGGAAGACGCUGUCAGAAAUUUGCCGACUUUGCGAGUUUCCGGGGCUCAUUUCCAAACAAAAUGGCUGCACCGCACCGUGAGUCUCCCCCUCUGCAGCCCGACAUGAGCCGUCCCGACCGGCCACCACACGUCUACCGUGCCGAGACCCCCCCUGCAGCUGGAGGGGGGCGGUGGGAGGGGGUGGACCCCAGCAGGGGGGAGGGCGGGAGAUACCCCCACCAGGAGAGAGACUACAUGUACCUGCCGGUGCCGCGCUUCCAGAGUUUGGUGGAGGCUACUCAGGAGAGGGCGGAGAGGGUCGGGUUACCGGAGAGAGGUGUCAGGUUUCGAGAGAGGCAGGGUGUCGAGUUUCAAUCGGAGAGGAACGGCUCGUACGCGUACAGCAGGCGUGACGUGCCAGAAAUGCCCCCGGGCGUUCGGGUCGGGAGAUCGCCUUCUCGGAGCGCACAGGACAGGGCGGAUGGUGGAAGCGAACUUGUUGAACGUUCGGAGAGAAGCGGUGGUCCGUAUAAUGCGUACAACAGGCUGGGCGGAACACGCGGGCCGCGUCCUGAGGUGGGGGGGUCGCCGACGCGCGUCAGCGGGAACGUGCAGCACGUGUUUGUGAGCCAGCUGGAGCGGGGUUACGGAGCGCACGGCAGGGCAGACGGGCCGGGCUCACCACCGGCACUGCGCACAGACGAACCAGCACAGAGCAGCGACCCUCCAGAAGGCACUGAAGACAGCAUGGACACAGCAGACCGGCCUGACAGGGUGGGGAGUGACAAUGAGGAAGACCACCACCCAAGGGGAAUGGGAAGUAACAGUGAGCCAGACCACCCCAGGGCGGUAGGGAGUGAUGAUGAAGAGGUAGACCAUCACCCCAGGGGAGUGGGGAGUGACCACGAGGGUGGGGAAGACAUGGCAGUGGGAGAGAGCGGGAGUGAGUCCCCUGCUAAGUCAGGAGAGCAACCAAAUGCAACAGCAGAAGAAGAAGAGCCGCACACAGAAACUCCCGCCAGCCCCGAAGAGAAAACUCCAGCAGAAGACCAUCCAGAAGAGGAGGAGGAAAAACAAGCUACAGAGGAGAAAAAGCAGGAAGCUGCAGAAAAAGCAGACGAAGAAGAGGCCACAACAUCCAGCAGACCCAGCAAGAGGAAGCGUAAACACGUCCACUACGUGUGCAAAGACUGCGGACACAAGACCUCGCGCAAGUCUGUCCACGAGGCUCACCUGGGCAUCCACACAGGUGAGGAACCGCAGCAUUGGCGCGUAGACGAGGCGGCGGGGGUAAAGCCGUACACACGCGGGGAUCGCGAGAUGGUCGUAACGCUCUACCGCUGUGAGAAGUGCGACUUCUCCACGACAAAACGGCGCGGGCUCGACCGUCACAUGGCCAAACACGCGGGCGGGAAGACCUACACGUGCGGCGAGUGCGAGUUUACGACCACCGCGAAGUACCACCUCCGCAAACACGUCAGUUUCACGCACCGCGACCUCCCCUACUCCUGCACCAAGUGCGAAUUCACCACGACAUUCAAGAAACACCUGCACAAGCACAUGGCUAAGCACAGUGGCGAGAAGCCACACGUGUGCGUCGAGUGCGGGUACCAGACAUCCGAGAAGCAUCGCUUGAAUCGGCACUUCGCAGCGAACCACGCGGGGAAGCCAUUCAAGUGUGACCAGUGCGACUACACGGCAGCCCUGAAGGACUACCUCGACCGGCACAUGGCGAAACACACUGGAGAGAAACCCUACAUGUGCCACCAGUGCGGAUUCCGCACCGCCCAAAAGUACAACCUCGGACGCCACAUGUCUGUCCACGUUGUAGACAAAACCUACAAAUGCCCCCACUGCAAGUACUCCACCAUGUACAAGAGCAUCCUGGAGCGUCACGUCAUCCAACACACUGGAGAAAAACCCUUCGCCUGCACCGAGUGUAGCUUCCGCGCCACACAGAAAGCGAUUCUCGCGCGCCACAUGAGGGUCCACACUGGGGAGAAGCCCUACAAGUGCACCCAUUGCGACUACUCCGCAGCACAGAAGACCAACUUAGACAGCCACCUGGCGAAACACACCGGGGACAAGCCCUUUAUGUGUGAGGACUGCGGCUACAGGACGGUGUACCGGUCCUACCUCGCUAAGCACAGGAAGAUCCACACUGGGGACAAACCCUACAAGUGCCAGCAGUGCCGCUUCUCCGCAGCCACUCAGCAGGGCCUCGACAAGCACAUGGCCAAACAUGCCGGUGAGAGACCACUGGUCUCCAUGGUAACUGCUGGCCAACCACAGCCUGGUGGACAGCUACAAGCUCCGCAGACAGUAGAGCAGCAUGUUGAACAGCAGAACACAGCACAGUUACAGAACACAGUAGAACUGCAGACUGCACUAGAGACAGCACCGCUACACACAGCACAAAUUCAGACAGGACAGCAACAUACAGCACAAAUACAGACAGCAGAACUGCACACAGCACAGCAACAUACAGUAGAGCAGGCACAGCUCUAGGACAGCUCUUGGUGCACCCGUAACUAUUCAGGGCUUGGAAUACUUUAAACAUAAUCAUUGAAAAUCACCUUAACCAGAAAAAAUUUCACCUGCACCACUCAGACAUUAAGAAGUGUGGAUCAUACCAAGGAGCUUUAAAUUUGAUUUUUAACCACCUUGAUCAUACUAAAAAACUGUUGAGAAACCAUUGCCUUUAUUUCUCUUAUACUUUAUAGCAAGUAACAGUCAAUGCAGCAAACAAAAAUCCACUGUACACAUAAACCUGCAUGUAUAUAUAUAAACCAAGUACACAUAAACCAGUAUUUCAAGCCCUGCACUUGUAGGUGUACAUGUGACAAGACUGGUUUAAGCUAAAGAGAAAAGGUCCAUUCUGUGAGCAGCCUUGUAUUCUAUGGGAACAAAUACUAGUAGUGGAAUGGAGACAAUAUGAGUAAAGAGAAGAGACACUGCCAAAUAAGAAAUCAAAGUAUCGGACAUGCC